AUGCGGUGGAUUUGUUUUGUGCGGUACUGUUUUGGCUUACUGCAGACAACGGAACUAAUGGUGCCAGUUGUUAGGCGUUCCGCUUCAAUAUUUUACUUGUUGCGAUCGAGACUUGGUGGAAAAUCGAAAGAUGCUGAAAAUGCUUCGAACGAUCGGGAAUGGUUAGAUACAGUACAAGAAGUUGAAAAGUCAGGACAAUUAAACUUGAAAGAACCUACUCUGCAUAUGACUAGAACGGAACUUCGAAAGUGGAAGAAACGUGCAUUCCUCCAUAUAUUGGAGAUGUUCAUCCAUCGGUCUGGACCAGCUAGGAAAGGCUUCAAUGCAUUUAUCCAGCAUGGAUUGAAAAAAAUGCCUGAGUAUGAAGUUGCCGAUGAUUUGGAGUGUUAUAAAGCAAUUGUUCGAUUAUUUCCUGUUGAACGAAUGACUGUCAAAAGUUAUCUGCAGGCCGAUUUCGGUCAUUUUCCAAAGCAACAAAGUACUAUGAUUGAUAUCCUGAAUCGAAUGGUAGCUAAUCGUGUUCUUCCAGACGACGAAUUUGGUCAAAUGAUUAUUAAUAUUUUCGGUUGGCGUAAUCAUGCUAUGCAACACUACCGUCGUAUAAUGUAUUGGAUACCUAAAUUGCGACAUUGUAAUCCAUGGCCUGUUCAGCCACGUAUCAUCGAUGAUCUUGAUCAUGAUCCAGUCAAACUGGGCUAUUUAAUUGCAGAAAGAAUUUGUCCUGAUCGGAUGACAGAAUUCACUGUUGUACAGAUACCUGGAAAAUCAUCAUCAUCGACAUGUGAUGCAGAUAAACCGGAUUCACUUAUCAGUGCACAAAGUCCUGAACAGCGUGCAUUGCUUGCUUAUUGUACUAAGCAGAGUAACAGAAACGCGAAUGUUAGUAAUACCAGUUGCCCUAAACCAACUAUUUAUUUAGAUGGACCUCAUUAUGUAUGGUAUCUAACUUUGCAAGCUGUUUAUUACACACUCUGGACAGAAAUUGAUUCCAAUCGCCUGAGAAGAGAAAUCGAUUCAGUUCAAGCUAAUCGACUGUCAAAGCACAGUGCAGAAAAGCCUUGGGAUUCUACAUUCUUGAAGUAUUCAAAAGAUAGUUCAGAUCUAGUAUUAAAUAGCUCACAUCUGAAAAAUGCAGACCACUUGCUUCUACCUCAUGCAAGCCUCCUUACUGCUAUAAAUCCAGUUAACACUGAAGCAUAUCAGCUUGAUCAAAAUACUGCCGACACAAGGUUUAUAGCUAAAUCGGAACCAGAAUAUGAUCAUCGCUGGCUAACUAUACGUCAAAGUCAUACAUAUAACUACCUGCCAAACAGCUUGUGUCAACAUGAACAAGCUGAGGGUACGGUUCUUGCUGUUGCUGUCGUUGUCCCAAAACCAGAUGCUUUAGAGAAUCAGAAAAAGCUAUACGAGUGGGAGGUGUCGAACAGAGUUGAUCGUUUAGACUCACAAGACUCCUUCAGACAAAAAAGAAAUGAUGAACGUUCUUGUUUCUUACAAGUUCCAUUACCAGCAUCAUCCUCACUAAUACGUCUGUGGUUAAAUGAAUUACAGUCAAAGAAUCCGUGUUUUAAUAAUGCUACCUUGGUGAUUCGAGUCCCGAUGAAUGUGGAGAGUCGAACAACUCCUAACAUGGACGGUGAUAUUACCAGUGAUAAUGAUCUUCAUACAGAGGAUAACCAGAAUGAUUUGAAGACGCAGAAGUCAUAUAAUUAG